AACGUUGCGAGUGCGGAGCCGCCGAGUGCGCGGUGGUGUUCCCGGCUACGUCGCGAUUCGGGGAAGGGUGUAGUCCCGACGGUGUAUGUUGUGUGGGUGCUCGCGCGCAUUUCCGGCGCGCGCGCGCGCGCGCGCGUCCCCUCCCCCUGCGCUUCGUCACUUCGCGCUCGGCGACGUCUUUGACGACGGGAGCGUACGGCAGCUCCGCCGCGUGAUUAACCUCACGCGCGAUAUUUCAGCAUCCGCUGGACCACCUUGCUCAUUCGAGGAUGCGUUCGAAACGAGGACGUAUUCGCGAAAUCACCGAUCUUGACGUUAAUAAACAAACAUAAUGAGGAGAGCGAAAGGAUCUCUCAAUCACAGGAAAUAGCGGGCUAAAUUCUUUAGCAUUCGUAUCGUUGAUAAAUUAAUUGAUUGUAUUAUGUGUCGGUGAUUAAUUUUUUUCAGCGUUAUGUCCGCGCGGCAAAUUCCCUCGUGCGCUUUUACGGAGCAAGCGAUUGGCGUAUUCGAAAUAUCGCACGAAAUAUCGGACGUUCCGUCUCGAAACUCGCAAUUUCAAUAUUUAUGGGAUUUUGUUCUUUGUCAGUGAGUUGACGCAGAACGGUGGAAGGAGACAUACCAAAACUCGCAUUCCUGUAAAAAUAGCAUCGCAAAAAUUCGGAUUGGUGACCGACGAAAUUCGCGGCUUUGUCCAGUAUCGCUGACCAAGCUUCUCUACAGAUAUGGCUAAGGAUUUUGUGCGCCACUUUUAAUUAACACAUCAUCUUUUCAAUAUGGAUGAUGAAGAAGGAGCUUCAAGUUCUGGACCGAUGUCUUCGUUAAAUAGUUUGUUCUCGUUCACCAGCCCCGCUGUGAAAAAACUGCUUGGUUGGAAGCAGGGGGAUGAAGAAGAAAAAUGGGCUGAAAAAGCAGUAGAUUCAUUAGUAAAAAAACUGAAGAAGCGCAAAGGUGCGGUCGAAGAGUUAGAGCGAGCGCUUAGCUGUCCUGGAACACCGAGUAAAUGCGUAACGAUUCCCAGGAGUUUGGACGGCAGAUUGCAGGUUUCUCAUCGCAAGGGUCUGCCACAUGUGAUAUAUUGUAGGGUUUGGCGAUGGCCGGAUCUCCAAUCGCAUCACGAAUUAAAGCCAUUGGAUCUGUGUCAGUUUCCGUUCUCUGCCAAGCAGAAGGAGGUCUGCAUUAAUCCCUAUCACUACAAGAGGGUAGAGAGUCCGGUACUGCCACCAGUGUUGGUUCCUAGACACUCGGAAUAUGCUCCCGGCCAUUCUCUAUUGCCGUUUCAGCAAUUGGCCGAUCCGAGCAUGCCACACAAUGUGUCCUAUUCAUCUAGUGGUUUCAAUGCCAGUUCCACAACCGGUGUAAAUCCGACAUCGCCUAUGUCAUCCGUUGGUUCUGUGCCUAGUCCAGGCAGCACAACCUUGCCAAAUCCUCAAAGUCCAUAUGGUACUAAUGGAUUACCAGAGACACCACCGCCAGCAUACUCUCCACCCGAAGAUGGCUCUCAGACCGGGCAAACCACUUCUUCGGAUUCAGUCCCGAUGGAUACAAGCACGUCCAUCGAAUCAGCCACACCUGUAUGUUACCAAGAACCACCCUAUUGGGCCUCGAUCGCUUAUUACGAGUUGAAUUGUCGAGUGGGCGAGGUGUUUCACUGUCAAACACAUUCUGUCAUUAUUGACGGUUUUACAAAUCCGAGCAACAAUUCCGAUCGCUUCUGUCUCGGGCAGCUGUCCAAUGUAAAUCGAAAUUCUACGAUAGAGAACACGAGGCGACAUAUAGGCAAAGGAGUGCAUCUGUAUUACGUGGGGGGAGAGGUUUAUGCCGAGUGCCUUUCAGAUUCGGCGAUAUUUGUACAAUCUAGGAAUUGCAAUCACCACCACGGCUUUCAUCCCAGCACAGUUUGUAAAAUUCCACCGGGUUGUUCCUUAAAGAUAUUCAACAAUCAAGAAUUCGCCCAGCUUCUGUCGCAAAGCGUAAAUCAUGGCUUUGAAGCUGUCUACGAGUUAACGAAAAUGUGUACAAUUAGAAUGUCUUUCGUAAAGGGAUGGGGUGCCGAGUACCAUAGGCAGGAUGUCACAUCAACUCCCUGUUGGAUUGAGGCACAUCUGCAUGGACCUUUACAGUGGUUAGACAAAGUUUUAACGCAGAUGGGUCCGCCCCAUAACGCCAUAAGUUCUGUGUCAUAAGUAAUAUGCAUCACUAAAAUUUUUAUUUUUUUUUUUUUUUUGUUAAGAAACGAUUAGUUUCGAUGCACUUUUAAGAAUUUAGCUAUAAUUGGCCAUAUUCGCCACACACAUGAGAGUUACGGAGACUGUGCACAGACGAAAUACAAUUACAGUAAGUUGCUUUAUAUCUAUAAUGAAAUGAAUAUGUAAUGCGUUUGAAGAAAAUAUAAAAACUUAAGAGAAGUUACGCGAAAAAAGAUAUUUAUAACGUGAAAGAUAUUUGAGAAAUCUUAUGAUGAUUAUAAGAUGUACAUGUUUAUAGAUGCUGUAAAAACUUUUGUGGCUGUUACACGGAAAAAAAGAAUAUUAUAUAGAUAUAAUCAUAUAUAUAUAUAUACAUCUAUAUAUAUGAAAAAAAUAUUUUUCAGAUCUAUGCAUCAGUCUAAUACUUUAUUUUAUAUGGAGACUUAUUGUGGACAUAUUUGUCAGUGUUAUACUACAAACAAAAUCCUUUUAAUUGAAAUCUUAGACGAUUUUUAAUUGUGAUGAUAAAAAAAAAUUGAUGAAAGUAAAUUCUCCCAAUUAUAGGAAGCGAAAAAAUAUUCUGUUUAAAUCGAGCAUAAUCUAACGAUUAUGCCUGUUAACUAACGUGUGUGCUUUAAAGUACAUUUAUGUCUGUAUAGAUUUAUUCAAAUUUAUCGUUAAAUAACUUUUAAUGUAGUUGCGGGCUUUUAUUGAUACAAUCUAUAUUUCAAUGUAAAAUGUUGGACGUUGAUCUCACGUUGACUAUUGGAAGUUAACUGCGUCCGAUGAAACAUUGAAUUCACUAAUCUGUAGAAAGAUCAUCUACAGUCAUGGCUUAUACUCCAUCUCUAUACAGAUUAUAUUGCAUUGUAUUCUCGAUUAUUGUGCAUCAUGCGAUUCGACGCUUUCCAUAUUACACACAAUUCCUAAGAACAAUACACGAUUAGGUAAGUCCUUAUGUGUUAUAAAUAUAUGAAAUUUUACGUGCUCUGUAUAUAAAUAUAUAUUUCUGUAUGGAAAUUGUCAUGCGAGUAUAUACAAGUGUAUGUGUGAAAAUGAAAAGAAGUUAUCUAUUAAUAGAUUUAUAUAUUGCUUAACUAAAAGUUACAUUUAACAAUUGAUCGGAGUUGAGCUUGAUAUUACGUUUAUUACUUUUUUACAUUACGAAAGGUGCCAAAAAGAAUAAAAUAUUCGCAUAAUACGUUUUAAUUUACGCACUGUGAUAUUUUAUCAGAGAAAUGCAAUUCUUUCAUUGUAUAUCUAAUCACACGUUCCCAAAGUGUCAGAUCAAGUAUCUCAAAAGUACAUCGAUAUUUAGUGUCUUAAAACAGUCAGAUAUUUAACAGUGCCUAAUAAUAGACAAUAUACCAUCUUUUUUCACUGCCGUUUGCUGUCAUUAGUUUUGCCGAUGUGUGCCUAGCUGUGAUUCUUUGCUAUUCGAUUGCUAUUGGCAAACUCGCGAUUCGGUGAUAACAAAAGAAAGUAUGAAAGGGAACAAAGCUACUUGUUCGACUACAAUUAUUAUAUUACAAUUUUUUCAGGGUAGACAAAGUAGGAGGAAAGAAAAUAUUUGCCUAAUUAAAUGUUAAGGAAAGAAUAAGAUGUAAUUUACAGUCGGAUAUAAUUGGAACAAGUUGUUUGGUACAAACGUAAACACCGAUAAAAUAUUUCCAUAUUGCAUAAUGUGGUAUAAUUGCGCUAAGUAUACAACUGAUGGAGACAAUAAUUGACGACUUCAAAAAAAAGCUAAAAUGUAAGAUGCUUUCAGUCCAUUCUAAUAAAAGGAAAUUUAUUGUUUGAUACUGCGAUAAUUAAUCUGAUUGUAUUUUGUAUGAAAGAAUCGAUUCGGUAUUCUAUAUUAGAGAACAAAACUAGAAAUAGAAAAAUGCUAUAAAUUUAUGGCCAUUUUUAUAUCUUUCUUUGAAUCAGUUUCUUUCUGCAAGAUACGAUAUGAUUUUGCUUGAUAUUGAGAAGUGCACACAAAUUAUAGAUCAUUAAUUAGAUCGUAAUCUAUGUGUCGGUGAAUUAUUAAGUAGUGAAUCGAUUAGAAUGGAAUUGCGAAAUUUUUUUAACACAUUGAACUCUGUAGCGUACGAAACGAACACGGUGCAUUACUAUAAGAUAGUACGUGCAGAAGAUAUACGUGUACAUGAAUAGUUUUUCAUAUGCAAGAUAAUGAUUGUAGCUUAUAUCUCACGUUAUCAUCAGUCUUCAUUUUUUUUUUUUUGCUAACUGAAUCGUUAUAGAUUAGUCGCGAAGCCCGUUUACAAAACAAUCUUGCCUGAGUCUUCGAAUCUAAUUUUCGAAAUGAAAUGUAUUUUAAAGUCUACGACAAUUCGAUUUCAAAUUUAGUUUCAAAAAUUGAUGAAGCACUAUACUUUGUUGCGCGCCACCCAACGUCUGUGCCUUGGAUGCCUUUUAUAUUAUGUAGUUAUGUAAACAACCAUAAUGUAAUGCAAUUUUUGAAAUGUAUAAUAGUAAAGUACACAGAAGUUUUCCCAUCCAAC